AUGAUUUUAGGUAAAUAUCAAUCAACUUAUACAUGUCGAUCUGCUCAAAGAAUCGAAGUUUUUUCGUCAUUUGGCGAAUAUGAGGGUUUCGUCCUCGUUAAAUAUUCAUUUAAAAAGUUAUCAUUAAAUUCGUAUAGCGGUCAAAAUCAAGGUAGAUCAGCUAAAUCAAUGACAGGUCUAUCUUCCAGAGGCACCCAAUCGUAUAAUCAAGUUUCAAAGGUUAUAGUUGGAGGUGGUUCAUGGAGUUCUGAUGAUGGUUUAGAUAAUGUAAACAUUGAUAUGAGAAUUGAUUUUGGUGAUGAUUAG